AUGGAGGGGGCAGGACUGCUGAAGCCGGUCGUAGGGUUGGCGGGGCGACAUCCCUGGUGGGUGUUCGUGGGGGCAUUCGUGGUGCGCCUUGUGCUGAUCGGCUACGGCGAGUGGCAGGACCGCACUAUGGUGGUGAAGUACACGGACAUCGACUACAUGGUAUUCACCGAUGCCGCCCGGUUCAUCACCGAGGGAGGCAGCCCCUAUGACCGAAGCACCUAUCGCUACACUCCUCUUUUGGCGUGGCUGAUGACGCCCAACAUCUAUCUCCAUCCGGUGUUCGGGAAGCUCCUCUUCGCCGCCGGCGAUGUGGCCAUCGGCGCGCUCAUCUACCUCCUGGUCCCUCUCCUCAAUGACCAAGCCAAGCCCACAAUCGCGCCAGCUGCGGGCAAGUCUACAACAAAACCAAAGUCGACGACGACGAAGGGCACGAAGAAGGCGGAGGCUGUGGUUGCUGCAGGGCAAGAGGAAGCAAUCGUGUGGGCGUGUGUGUGGCUCUUCAACCCCUUCUCGAUCGUCAUCUCCACGCGCGGCAAUGCCGAGUCGCUCAUCGGCCUCCUGGUCGUCGCCGCCCUCUACUGCCUGUUGACGAAGAGGCUCAUCCUCGGCGCCAUCCUCUAUGGCCUGUCGGUGCACUUCAAGAUCUAUCCGAUCAUCUACGCGCUGCCACUGGUCCUCUUCGUCAAGUACCACCACCAACGGGGCCACCAACAAAAGCGAUCCGGCAAGAAGCAGGAGGACACGUUCAUCUCGGCCUUUGUCGACCUCUUCCGCAUCACCAGGGAGCAGGUGGUCUUCACUCUCGUCAGCGGUGGGACCUUCGUGCUGCUCUCGCUCGCGCUCUACGCCGUCUACUCGUUCCCGUUUCUCUACCACACCUACCUCUAUCACAUCACCCGCACCGACCACCGCCACAACUUCUCGCCCUACUUCUACCACCUCUACCUGCUCUCUUCGUCUGCCUCGUCGCCGCAGGUCGAACACACGUUAGUCGGUGAUGGCGAUGGGUCGCUGGUGUCGACGCUUGCGUCUUCGCUGCUGGCAUCGUCCCGGGCGAUCGGCCUGCUGGCGUUCCUGCCGCAGGUGGUGCUACUGCUCUCCUUCUCCUUCCGCUACGCGCUGAGUGGCGCUGCACGAGACCUGGCGCUGUGCCUAUUCCUGCAGACGUUCACGUUCGUCUCCUUCCUUAAAGUCUGUACAUCUCAGUACUUUAUCUGGUACUUCUCGCUCCUGCCGCUGGCGCUGUACAGAUCGUCGAUGAGCCUCCUACAGCUUGUCUUCCUCUUUGCCCUUUGGAUGGGCACCCAGGCGAUGUGGUUGAGCAACGCCUACUACCUGGAGUUCGAGGGCGAGAACACCUUCUCUGCAAUCUGGCUCGCCUCCCUUGCCUUCUUCAGCGCCAACGUAUGGAUUCUAAUCCAAUUCAUUCGUCACCACUCUGCGCCAGCGUGA